AACACGGCCUGGGACAGCUCACUGAGAAACGCAUCUACCUCAAUAGUAAACUGCCAUCCUGGGUGAGUGUGUUUGUCCCCAGGGUCUUCUAUGUGACAGAGAAGGCCUGGAACUUCUACCCUUACACCAUCACAGAGUACUCAGUCUCCUUCCUUCCCAAGUUCAGCAUCCGUAUUGAGACCAGUUUGAGAACAACAAUGGUGACAACAAUAAUGUGUAUUGGAGACAGGCCCACCCCUGCAGAGAGCGACCUGAGUGCGCUGGGGUGUCUGAGAAGGAUGGGCCGAGCCCGCCUGGUGGAAGGGUGGCGCCUGAGUCGCUGGGUGUCUGAGAAGAAUGGGCCGAGGCCCCGGUGGAAGGGUGGCGUAAGGACAGCACCCCAUCAUGUGCUCUAUAAGAGGGUGCAGUGCAGUUUCGAAGUCUACGGCUUCCAGGGCAAGACUGAGGACUUCAUACACAGGAACAUCCAGGACAUCCUACUGGUGGGCCACAGACAGGCUGUGGCCUGGACAGACGAAUGGCACGGGAUGAGUUUGGAGGAUGUGAGAGAGUAUGAGCGACAGAUACAGGAACAGACCAACAGCAAACUCAAAUCAACCCAGAACAACAACACAGCCCCUCGUCCGGCAUACUCGCGCUCUAUGUCCGUCACAGAUGAGCGCUCUCUGAAGAAGAUGGGAGUGAAGACUAUGGCCAUGUCAGACCCCUCCACCUCCACACUGCCUCAUAGCACUGUCCGCCUUAACUCCACCCCCGAGUAACACACACACGUUCAUACUGAUGCAUCAAUUCCUGCCUGCUUAAACCCUCCGUGACAGUAACUACACUGCAGCCAUUCCUUUUUUUUACGGCCAUCCACCACAAACACAUUUAACCAAUAAAGCUACACUGUCCACAGAAGCAGCACUUAGAGCACUCAGGUCCUACCCCUUUCUCCAGCUGUAACUAUAUAACCCAACCCCCUGUCC